AUGCCUCCGUCCCAGGCUCCUAAGGACACGCCAGAACAGCACUAUCCUCACGCAAGCCUCACCAUGCCGCCUCCCCUUCCGGCCAACGACCUUCAAGUGGUCUCUAUCGACUCACUUGAGGCCGCACUGGCGAAAUUGGCCAUCAAGAUUUCAGUGAACGACAUUGUCUCAGUCAUUCGUGAAGAGGAGGAAGCUAAGCGUGUCAAGUUGAUUGCUCGAGCGAGCGAGCGCCGUGCUACACUAUCCAACCUCGCUCUUAACCCCCUGGAGCAGCCGUCCGGGCUGCAAUUCACAACGACCUCCAAGUUUAUUGCCGAUCCUCCCAAACCCGCCAAGGCUGAUCCGCUAGCCAAAGAACGCAGACGCCGUCUCCUUGAUCUUACCGAACAAACGUUCCCGGACGGCAAGGUUCCAGAUCCCGUCGUCACCAGCGCUGAAGACCAGACGGACAACCCACCUCAAUCCGUCUUCGAAAACGUCUGGUGCCUCUGGGAUACUGGCGCUCAGACCUCCUUCGUCGUUACCCACCUACUCGAUUCCGUCGUGAGAAACAAUCAGGACGAAGGCUCCGCCAUCAUGGAAAUCUCGUUUCAAGGUGUAAACCAAAGAGUGGAUUCAAUCAUUCAUUUUCGCCCUACGCUGCCGAACGGGGUUACAUUCAUCAUUCUCGGUCAACACGCUCUCCUUAACCGUCUACAAUAUCAGAUUCAGCCCACCUCGAUCUGUCCCCAACUUUCUCAAAUAUUUCCGCAAGCCUACGGUCAGAUUGACCUGGUCUCUUGGUGCGAUCCCUUGGGCGACGAGGUUGUCCCUCUCUGA